GAGUCCAUCCAACCAAACACUGCCUUAGGAACCAGGUCCAGGCGUAGGCGGAGCUUACUUUCCCUUCUUCCUUGUUGCCCGCCCGCCGCGCCGCACGGAUGGAUGCUAGGCAGACAAGCAGCUAGCCGCCGCCUCCGCCGGCCCGGGGCACGCCGCUGGCGUCGCCUCCGCCGCCCACCGUCUCGGACCUCGCCGCAUCGUCUAUUCCCGCACUCGCGCGCAACUCCGCGACCCUCACGAGCAAACAGCGGAUGAUGACCUCUAUAGUGCCGCAGGCAAGGUGUUCGACGGAAUGACGCGCCGGGAAGCGGCGGCCUCACUGCACCGAUCGCUCGCCAGGUUCGUCGCGCAUGACGAUACGGAGAGAACCCUCUCGCUCGUCGCGGCGAAGGCUCGGCAGCACGGAGCCCUGGUCUCUGCGGACCUCGCGAGCGCCCUGCGGGCGUGCAGGCUGCGCGGCUAUCGCUGGCCGCGCGUGCUGGAGAUCCACGCGACGUCAGUCGUCCGUGGGCUUGGGGCUGACCGUCUCAUAGGCAACCUGCUGAUCGAUCUGUACGCGAAGAAUGGGCUCCUGCGGUGGUCAAGGCGGGUGUUUGACGAUCUUUCUGCCAGGGACCAUGUCUCGUGGGUUGCCAUGCUGUCUGGUUAUGCACAGAAUGGUCUGGGAAUAGAAGCUCUCGGGUUGUUUCGCCAGAUGCAUCGAUCGGCAGUUGUUCCCACUCCGUAUGUUCUGUCUAGUGUGCUCAGUGCCUGCACUAAAGCAGGGCUUUCUGCGCAAGGUCGGCUGAUCCAUGCCCAAGUUUACAAGCAAGGAUUCUGUUCGGAGACAUUUGUGGGGAAUGCGCUUAUUGCUUUCUACUUAAGAUAUGGAUCCUUUAAGCUAGCAGAGAGGUUAUUUUCUGACAUGCUGUUCUGUGACAGAGUAACGUUCAAUACUUUGAUCUCAGGACAUGCUCAGUGUGAACAUGGUGAGCGUGCUUUGGAAAUUUUUUAUGAGAUGCAGUUGUCAGGGUUGAGGCCUGAUUGUGUUACCGUUGCUAGUCUCCUUGCAGCCUGUGCCUCUAUGGGGGAUCUUCACAACGGGAAGUUGCUCCAUGCAUAUUUACUGAAAGCAGGUAUGUCUUUGGAUUACAUAACAGAAGGCUCACUCCUCGAUCUCUAUGUAAAAUGUGGUGACAUUGAAACAACCCAUGAGAUCUUCAAUUCAGGUGAUAGGACGAACGUGGUACUAUGGAAUUUAAUGCUUGUGGCGUAUGGGCAGAUCAAUGAUUUAGCAAAAUCCUUUGAAAUCUUUUGUCAGAUGCAAACUGCAGGUAUACGCCCCAACCAGUUCACCUACCCAUGCAUUUUAAGGACUUGCACUUGCAGUGGUCACAUUGAACUUGGAGAGCAGAUUCAUUCAUUAAGCAUAAAAACUGGCUUUGAAUCUGACAUGUAUGUAAGUGGUGUACUCAUAGAUAUGUAUUCCAAAUAUGGGUGGCUUGAUAAAGCUCGCAGAAUUCUUGAAAUGCUUGGAAAAAAAGAUGUGGUUUCAUGGACUUCCAUGAUUGCUGGAUAUGUGCAGCAUGGCUUUUGUGAAGAGGCUCUUGCAACAUUCAAAGAAAUGCAGGACUGUGGAAUUUGGCCGGAUAACAUAGGACUAGCUAGUGCCGCAAGUGCUUGUGCUGGACUCAAAGGAAUGCGCCAGGGCUUGCAGAUUCAUGCUCGGGUUUACGUGUCUGGUUAUUCAGCUGAUAUUUCAAUUUGGAACACGUUGGUAAACCUGUAUGCAAGAUGUGGAAGAAGCGAAGAAGCUUUCUCUUUGUUUCGAGCAAUUGAACAUAAGGAUGAGAUUACAUGGAAUGGAUUGGUCUCCGGUUUUGGACAAAGCGGUCUAUAUGAACAAGCUCUUAAGGUAUUCAAGCAGAUGGGUCAAUCAGGUGCCAAGUACAAUGUGUUCACAUUUGUUUCCUCUAUAAGUGCUUCUGCUAACCUUGCAGAUAUAAAACAAGGGAAACAAGUACAUUGUAGAGCUAUUAAGACAGGACACACCUCUGAAACUGAAGUUUCAAAUGCUUUGAUUUCACUCUAUGGAAAGUGUGGCAGUAUUGAAGAUGCCAAGAUGGAGUUUUCUAAUAUGUCUGAGAGGAAUGAGGUGUCAUGGAAUACUAUCAUCACAAGUUGUUCACAGCACGGACGUGGAUUAGAAGCUUUGGAUUUAUUUGAUCAGAUGAAACAAGAAGGUCUAAAACCAAAUGAUGUUACCUUCAUAGGCGUGUUAGCUGCUUGCAGUCAUGUGGGUUUGGUUGAGGAAGGCCUUAGUCACUUCAAAUCCAUGUCUAAUGAGUAUGGAGUUACUCCAAUACCUGACCAUUAUGCUUGUGUCAUGGAUAUUCUUGGACGAGCUGGUCAACUUGACCGUGCAAGGAAAUUUGUUGAGGAAAUGCCAAUAGCCGCUGAUGCAAUGGUUUGGAGAACCCUUCUCAGUGCUUGUAAAGUACACAAGAACAUAGAAAUUGGGGAGCUUGCAGCCAAACAUCUCCUGGAGUUAGAGCCUCAUGAUUCGGCAUCGUAUGUCCUCCUUUCGAAUGCAUAUGCUGUUACUGGAAAGUGGUCCAAUAGGGAUCAGGUCAGAAAGAUGAUGAAAGAUAGAGGAGUAAAAAAAGAACCAGGUAGUAGCUGGAUUGAAGUAAAGAGUGCAGUUCAUGCAUUCUAUGCAGGUGAUCGGUUGCACCCCUUGGCUGAUCAGAUAUACAGUUUUUUGGCUGAUCUAAAUGGUAGGAUAGCCAAAAUAGGGUACAAGCAAGAUAAUUACCAUCUCUUCCAUGAAAAAGAGCAAGAACGGAAAGAUCCUACUUCCUUUGUCCACAGUGAGAAGUUAGCUGUGGCUUUUGGGUUAAUGAGUUUGCCUCCUUGUAUGCCCCUUCGGGUGAUUAAGAAUCUUCGUGUCUGCAAUGACUGCCACAAUUGGAUGAAAUUUACCUCUGAUGUCACAGGAAGAGAAAUUGUAUUAAGGGAUGUGUACAGAUUUCACCAUUUUACCAAUGGCAGUUGUUCAUGUGGAGACUUCUGGUGAAGUAUGUGCUGUAUUCAUUGCCAAUGUUUCCAUUUGUGUUUUAAAAAAAGUUUCCAUUAGCACUCAUUGUGAUGUCACGUUAAGUAUUUUAUGUGGGACCUACAAAAGUUUAUUUUGCUUUUACAUGUGCAUCGGACAUUGGAACUCAGCAGAUAAUGGCAGCAAGACCAGACAGUACGAUGUUUUUUUUCUUGAACAACGUAGGAGAACUGAGUGUCAUCUCAUUAAGAAAGGAAGUCAUACAAAAUGUACAAAGGUGAAGACAUUUGUUGCCCUACCAGCAACCUUGCUUCAUUGGAAGAUAUGGUGAUGAAGUAUUUGCCGGUAUGCAGGUAUCAGCAGACCUAUAAAACCUACCAAGUGGUGGGAAAUUGGAUACAAAACCUUGUUCUCGGGACCUGAAUCUCCAAGAUGAACCUAGGAAAGAAUUUCCCCUACUCCCAACCUUGUUCCCGGGAUCCAACAACUGAGGGAGUGCUCUUCUGCUACAAACAUUACGGCUGUUGGGGAGAAAAUGGUAGCCAAGCAAGUGGCCAACAAGUGGAAUGACAACUGGGCAUGGGAAUCAGAGAACCGGACGGCCUCAAGCGGGGAGGGCUGGAGUUCUCCCGACCCCAGCGCAUCCCGGAGUCGUCGGAAUGCCGUCGUUGCCGGCACGCACGAUGGCGGUUGCCGGCCGCGGAGAAGAGCGCAGAGGUGAUUUUGUCCGAGUUCCCGGUGUGUGGCAACAAAUUUCGGUCGUGUUACGGAUGCGAUAAUUUACUGUAUCUCUACGAUAUUGAACCGGAAAGGAGAUUAAUUGUUUGCACGACGACACAAAAGAGGAUUUAAACACGGGAAUCGAUCUCAACUUGUAACUUAACCACUAUACUUAAUAAUCUCCAAAAGAUGGAGAUUGAAGUCCCUAGCUUCGAUUAAUUUGUA